AUGUUAAUGAACGUGACGGUUACUGUGCGUGCGCAUCACGAUUGCUUUUACGCGUUACAGGGCUACACUCGCAACUGCACACCGCCGGCCAUAGACGACUUUCCCUCGGGGCUGUUCACUGAGCUACAGAGGCAGCAUGGAGCCAUCGUUCUGCACGCCCUCAUUUCCAUUUACCUGUUCUUAGCUCUUGCUGUAGUGUGUGACAAGUUCUUUGUGCCGGCCGUCGAUCGAAUAUGUACUGCUCUAAACAUGACCAAUGAUGUAGCUGGGGCGACGUUUAUGGCAGCAGCGACUUCCGCGCCAGAAUUAUUCGUUAACGUUAUAGGAACAUUUAUUACCGAAGGUGACAUCGGAGUAGGGACAAUCGUCGGUUCCGCCGUAUUUAAUAUUCUCGCUGUUGCUGCGUGUUGCGGUAUAGGGGCGGGAAUGGUAGUACCCUUAGACUGGUGGCCGUUGACCAGGGACUGUCUAGCAUAUGGGAUAACAGUGUCAAUACUUAUUUGUAUCAUGCAUGACGAAUACGUGAUGUGGUACGAAGCAUUCCUGCUGGUUCUUCUAUAUGGAGUCUAUAUAUGUAUUAUGUAUUAUGACAAAUCCAUACAGAAUUUCGCUAAACGUAGUUGGAAAUGUGUAUCAAAUAUGAUUAAAACAGACGAAGAAAAAGAAGACAGCCCUCAAGUAGAAAUAGGUGCUAAAUCACAGGCUGGUAGUAGAUCAGAGACCGAGCAUCACCAACACAACGGAAACAUAAAGGGUGAUAAGAUAAAAGCGAACAAAGAGGAAAAGUUAGAGGAUGUAAACGUUAAUGUCGGUGAUAUGGAAAUUGUUCACUCAGAUGAUAAUCAAAAUGCUGACACUAAUAAGGAAGCGGUAAAUGAACACUCGCUUUGGAAGUGGCCGGCUGGACGGAGUCAACUGACGAAGGCAACCUGGAUCAUAACCUGGCCCAUUCACCUGGUGUUCCUCUUUACUAUACCGGACUGCGAGAAACCUAGAUUCAAGAAUUGGUUUCCACUUACUUUCCUUAUGUGCAUUGUAUGGAUUGGUUCCCUAUCAUAUAUUGUAGCUUGGAUGAUUACAAUUAUUGGAGACACCCUGAUGAUACCAGAUUCUGUGAUGGGUAUCACAUUCCUCGCUGCCGGUACUUCAGUGCCUGAAGCAGUGUCCAGCGUUAUAGUGGCUAAACAAGGUCACGGAUCAAUGGGAAUCAGUAACUCGAUUGGAUCGAAUACGUUCGACAUUCUUCUCUGCCUGGGCCUCCCGUGGCUGAUCAAAGCGUCUCUCACUCCAGCCGAACCAGGGAACUAUUGGGUGAAGAUAAACUCAAUGGGGCUGGAGUAUUCCGCUAUAUCGCUGCUGUCAACUCUCCUGUUGUUGUAUUUGACGUUCUGGUUCAACAAAUUCAAGUUGGACGCGGCGGUCGGCAGGGCGUGCCUCGGAAUGUACGCAAUGUUUCUCGUGCUGGCAACCCUGAUCGAGCUGAACGUGUUCUUCCCCGUGAACGUGCGCACUUGCAGGAGAAGUGAGCUAAAGUCUUAA